AUGGAACCUGUAUUGAAUUACACUUAUGUAAAAACUAGAAAGGAUUUUGGACAACAAGCCAGGUUUUGUGAAGUUCCAGCAUUAAUGUUAGAUUCGAUUGAUCCAAAUAAACUUGAACAAAAACUAUAUUGUCUACGAAAUCCAGCUAAUAAUAAAAGUCAGACAGUUACAAAAUUUUCUGAACACUAUGUCAAUACACCAAAAAUUAUAUUUCGUGAUCAAGGAGUUAACCAUAUUGAAGGUGGUUGGCCGAAGGACAUACAUUUUUGUGAUGAAGAAGCCACUUCUAGAUACCGCAGGCGUUUUGAACGUGAUGAUUCUUAUGUAAAUGCAAUUUUUAAUUCUUAUGAUGGAUUAAAAUAUCUCAUUGAACAAAAUAAUACAAUAGAAAUGUAUAAUAUUUAUUUUAAGGAAUUUAAUUCCGAAAAACCGGUAGAGAAAUAUUUCAUGCGUAAGGCUGUUGUUUUUGAUGAUCCCGACAAACGACCAGUUGCAUCUAUUGGUUGGACUUAUGAAGAUGAUUCUAAAAUUGUGGUUGCAUAUUGUAAUAAAAAAUAUCAUGUUAAAGAACCAGUAAAUAAAAAUACAACAUGUUUAAUUUGGGCUGUAGAUAAUCCUGCAGAAGCUUUAACUGAUAUUAUUCCUCCAUCAUUUUGCUGGAGAAUUGCAUGCUCUCCUUCAAACUCAAGUGAAAUCAUUGGAGGUCUUCAAGAUGGUAGAGUUUGUAUAUUUGAUAUUCGUGCCAAAAAGGAACCUACUGCCAUUAGCCCAAUACAUUUAGCUCACAGAGACCCUGUCAGUGCUCUCUUAUAUAUUAAUUCUCGAUUAAAUAACGAAUUUUUUAGUGGUUCAAGUGACGGACAGUGCAAGUGGUGGGAUGUACGAAAUUUAUCAAGACCAACAGAUACCCUUGUACUGUCUAUACAAAUUCCUUCAAGCCCGGAUGACGGUCUUAUGAAAACAGAAGGUAUAAGUGCAAUGCAAUUCGAUAGAGCAUUUACUACAAAAUUUUUAUGUGGAACUGAUACAGGGUAUGUAAUAAAUGUCAAUCGUAAAGGUAGAAAUCAUGGGGAAGUAAUGAGUGCUAUUUUCUCAGCUCAUAAAGGUUCAGUUAAGUCAGUUGAACGCAAUCCUUUUAUAUCAAAAAUAUUUAUGACAUGUGGUGACUGGACCUCAAAUAUUUGGAGUGAUGACAUACAUUCUUCACCAAUUAUUUUUGGCACAUCACAUCCAAUGCAAGUUUCAGGAGUAGCAUGGUGUCCACAAAGAGUUUCAAGUUACGUGUCAAUCUGCCAUGAUGGUAAAAUUCGUUACUGGGAUCUUUUACGAAAGUAUUACGAGCCCAUAGCUGUUUUACCUAUUUCUAAGUAUCCAUUAUUAAAUGUAAGGCCAAACGAAGAAGGAAACCUAGUUGCCGUGGGAGACACAAAAGGAUCGUUGUGUCUUAUAUCUUUAUCUGAUAAUAUGGUUUACUCUGGUGAACGAGAUAGGAGUCUAAUGGUACAACAUUUUGAUCGCGAAGCUCGAAAAGAGCAUAUUCUAGAAACUCGAGUUAAGGAAAUACGAUUAAAGCUGAGAUUAGAAACACAAUUAGUAGGUGCUUCGAUACUUCAGAAAGUUGAUGAAGAAACUGUAAUACACAAUGCUGAAGACGAGUACAGAAAAAGUGUGGAAAAAGAAUUUCAACAAUAUGAAACCGUGCCGACUACUCGUCGAAAAAAUCAUUAA